CCUUUCUGGCUGCGCCGCUGCCACUAUGUGACUUGGUUUAGACUUACCUAUAGGUAACUUACCUGACAGAUAUAGGUAAAUUAAAGAAAACUUUACUUAUUCGAUGUAAUGUUUUUUUUUCUCCAAGAUGUAAAAAGAAAUAAAGCGUCGUGUAAAGAUUUUUUUUUUCUCGACAUUUUUUGCUCCUUACGACCUCAGGAAUGCGUGGUUAAAAUUUAUCUGGUAUUACCAGUACAGCCCACGGUGUGUAAUAUACCAAGUCUAGUCAUAAAUUCUGACACUAACGCACUGGGGCGGUGGUGGUAUGGCAUUGUUUCCUUUAAUAUAAAUAUUUAUAGUAUCGCUCGCAGACGAACCUGCUUGAUAAAAAAAUGGUUUAGUAUUAGAUAGCACAUAGUUACUGAUGAAUUCUCAGUGCAAUUUGAGACUCCGGUGCCGUUAAAAGAUUGAAUAGUAUUUCGGUAGAUGUCGCUUUACGCUACCCCAAGGCAUAUGUAUACAUAAAAGAAGGAAUGGAAAGAUUUGCGAAUUUCUGAUCGGCUUCCGUAGCUCAGUUGGUUAAUAGCGAUGCACGAAUUCCAGAGGUCGCGGGUUCAAGUCCUGCCGAAAGCGUUAAGAGGAAAGUUGACGAUCGAUUAUCCAUACAAACGUAGUCCUCAUUUUCCUCCCUUGAUAUUGACAUAAUGGAAAAUAUCUUUACACAAUUUGAUGUAUUUUAGUCAUAGCUGUGACGGUCGGUUUGAUUUUUUUCAAUUUUUUUAUAAAUUAUAAGAGUUAGGAGCGAAAAACAGGUUUAAGGGAUAAAAAUAAAACAGUCAGGUAUAGCUAUGAUCAAAAUACAUCUAAUUGGGCAAAAAUAUUUUCAAUAAUGUAAAUAUCCAGAGAGGAAAAUGAGGACUACGUUUGUAUGAAAAGGCGCGUACUUUCGUCUUAAUUUUUCUAUUUUUUUCUUUAAUAUAAAAACUUUAUAAACUUUUAGGCAGUAUAUAUAUGUUUAAUCUUUGUCCUACUGAAGAUAUGGUAGUAGUUACAAUUGUUCCCUUCGGUGUCGCCGCAGCCUCGCAGUGUUUGGUGAACAGUGAAAGUGAUUUAAAGUAGGGAAUUAAUAAUUUGUCACCUACAAUGGGUCUCCCACGUUUGGAAAGAUGUUGUUGUUUUUUUGAUUUGCAGACUGGAAAUAUUAUAUUAGGAUGUAUCAAUGCUUUCUUGUCGUUUUGCCUCUUCGUGAUAAUGAUAGUGGCUGCUGUUGAAAUUCGCACUUUGCAAAGAGAUACAGCCAUUGAACUAGGAUUGUUCAAGGACGGCGAAGCAGGCGAAGCAGGUGGAGCAAUCUUACUAGAUGCCGAGCUCAGCGGACUGUACGCAAUCGCAGUUGUAUUGGUGUUCAUGUUCCUGGCUAAGCUUUUGUUCGACGUGUUUUUCGUCAUUGGCGUGAUAAUGGAACGGAAAGGCAUUAUUAAAGCAUACUACAUCAUGUGGACAGUAUUCAUGAUACUUUCCACGUUCACUUUCUUCCUCAAUUGGAAGUACUGGGGUGUGAAGACGCUCUUGACUGAAGGGGUCUACCUCUGUAUAAACUUUUACGCCGUGUUGGUGUGUCACAGCUUUUAUGUUCAACUCAACAUGCGUGAAGAAGUCUAAAAAUAUCGAAUAAAAUUUGAAUGUAACAAAACUGGGUAUGAUUUUUCGACACUGUGCCAUACAUACGAGGAGAGGUCAUACAUUUCGUGUAACAGGCAUCCUAAAAAAAUGAGACGCCAAAGUGAUGUUAUAACAUUUUAUUUUCAUGUAUCUAUGUCAGACAUAUGUAAGGUAGCUAUCUAAUAUCUAUAGAAAUUAGAUGCUUGAAAUUAAGUGAUGUCUCAUUUGAUUCAUUAAAUUAGAAUUAUACCAGUGUUGUUAAAUCAUUCGUUUUUCUAUUAGGGGCCUGAUUUGUUAUAAAAUGUAAUAAUUACACGGCAGGCAAAGCGCAGAAAAAUUUACUGCCGCGUUUAAAUACUUAUGUGGCCAUGUUGUAUAGUAACAGUCACUAAUACAAGUAGGUAUACACAAAUGUAUAUCAAUAACAUCAUCAAUGACUAUAACAGGUAUAUUCUGAUUUUAAUAACAGGUUAUGGAUUAGAUCUGGAUUAGUUAUGGAUAUCCGUAGUCAAAAGUGACAUUUCUUCAACCAGAAAUGUGUUUUUAUGUACCUACGCGUUCCUCAUUUUUAUUUAUUUAGACGAUUAAACAAAACAUGUCUGCAUUGGGGUGUCAUAAUAAUUAUGAAUACAUGAAUUAAUAAAUAAAUCUUAACGGUAUAGAAGCUAAAAAUAAGAUUUAAAAUAUGUCUAUACCUAGAGGUACAUUAUUUAUAAUUCAUUUACUACUGGACUAUAUAAAAAAAACCGUACCUAGUUAAUUAAUUUGACCGCCAUUUAAAAUGUUUUAUACACUUAUUCACCCUUUGUGAUAGUAAAAUAUAAAACCUUUUGUGUAACACGAGAGAAUAAAUUUUUAAUACAUGAAUAAAUUUUAAAAAGUCCCCCUCUUGGAUAUAUUUUUUUACCUUCUCCCUUUUUGAAAAUCAUAGAAAGAUUAUAUUAUCGACAGUUACUGUAAUUUAUGUAUACCUACAAUAAAGAAGCCAGGUAGUUACAUAUUAAUCAACAAUUAGACAUAAAUAGUUAUAACUGUAAUAAGCUAUAGUUGCCUAUAUAAUUUAUGAGAGCUAAGCCUAGCACCGAGAAAUCAUACUCAAUUAAAAUGUUCUUCAAAAUACCAUUUAUUGUAACCAUAAAUGUUAUAAAUUAUACAUUAAAUUAUUUAAUCACGUUGUAUUCUGGCUUUUGUUAUUUAGAAAAGAAUAGAAUAGUACUAGACUCCAAAGGAAAGCACACAAUGGAACCAUCAUUCGACACAAGAAGCAGUACCUAGAAUAGAUAGUAGAUAUAACACUAAUUCAAAACCAAUAGUCAAUUUAAUUCAAUUGUUCCUUUUGGUAUUGUGUUUUGUUGGUAUCGAUACAGGUCAGUCUAUUUAUCGAAAUCAAUUCAGGAGAUCUUACCAAAAAACACUGGUGGGUAUAAAAGUAUUUAGGGAAGUCCAAAAACUUUUGCACUAAUUACUUUACCGGAAGACAAGGAUUCGGAGAUAUUGAAGGUAAUUUUCAUUAAUUUUUAUUAAAAUGAACUUUCAAUGGUGAACUGAAACGCACCUACAUAAUUACAUAAAUAUAUAAAUAUUACAGUACAUUAUUACACAAAUUGACUAUGUCCCACAAUAAGCUCAAUAAGGCUUGUGUUGAGGGUACUUAGACAACGAUAUAUAUAAUAUAUAAACAUUUAUAAAUACCUCAAUACAUAGAAAACACCCAUGACUCAUCACACGAAUAAAUGUCCUUACCAGGAUUUGAACCCGGGACUAUCGGCUUCAUAGGCAGGGUCACUACCCACUAGGCCAGAUCGGUCGUCAUAAAGUUAAGAAUAACGUUAACAUGUAAUAAGUAUUUAGUACCAUUUUUUUAACCUAUCAUAAAACUAAUAUCAAGUACGUACUCGUAUACAUAGUAAUCUAAGCAAGCACGUGUCGUGG